AUGUGGCUAGACCGCAUUUCGGGCCAUGCGACGCCCUCCGGUCCCCAAUUCGAUAGUCGCAGCAGCUCUCCCUUGCCUCGAAGGACCUCUUCUCGCUUGGCUCCAACCCCUCAGAACAAUCGCCCCGCGUCUAGUCGCCAAGGUUCAGCGUUGUCUCUCUUGUCGACCCCGAAUGAUUCGUCUACCUCCCUCUCUGCGCCUGCGCGGGGCGAAGGAUCCUCGCCAAAACCGAGUGCUACAAGACCCCGCCCAUCCGAUGUCGCUGAUCCGCUCGAAGUCUUGAAUGGGAUCAUUGGGAAACAAGGCAAAACAAGAGACAGCUCUCCAGCGUCCGUCGCGGAACUGAAACCCCCGGAGCUCGUGGAAGACAUUGAUUUUCAUGGACUCAGCCUGGAGGACUUUAUCGCGGAAGAAGAUCAACCGCGAAGAGCUUGGAAAAGCGAUGUCGGUGCCCAGACCAUCCAGCAAUUUGAGAAAGAAAGGGACAAAUUCCAGGACCUGCACUCGGCAAUCACUGGCUGUGAUGACGUCUCCAAGUCAGUUGAAAUGUAUUUGAAUGACUUUCAGAAUGAAUUGGGAGCUGUAUCGGCAGAAAUUGAGAGUUUGCAAUCUCGGUCUAUACAGCUGAAUGCGAUGCUCGAGAAUCGGCGGAAUGUUGAACAGCUGCUUGGUCCUGCCGUGGAAGAAAUCAGUUUGUCUCCGAAGACCGUCCGGUUGGUGGCCGAGGGGCCUAUUGAUGAGAACUGGGUCAAGGCCUUGAAUGAGAUUGAAACUCGGACGGCUAGCAUCGAGGCCAAGGCCUCAGGCACCAAUAGUAGCAAGUCUAUCGAAGAUGUGCGGCCUUUACUGGGUGAUAUCAAGAAAAAGGCAGUGGAACGAAUCAGGGACUACCUGGUCUCUCAAAUUCGAGCCCUACGAUCUCCGAAUAUCAAUGCGCAGAUCAUCCAACAGCAGCGACUAGUCAAAUUUAAGGACUUGUACGGCUACAUAUCACGAGCCCACCCAACUCUUACGGGAGAAAUCACCCAGGCGUACAUCAAUACGAUGCGAUGGUAUUACCUGUCGCAUUUCACAAGGUAUCACCAAGCACUCGAGAAGAUCAAGGUCUAUCCGAGUGAUCGGAACGAGGUAUUAGGAGGGGACCCAACCUCACAUAAAACAGGUAAUAUCGUUCCCGGCGGCCGAGCUGGUUCUGCGGCGCACGACCCCUUCUCUCUCGGCAGGCGAGUCGACAUACUUAGGGCGGGUAACCAAAUGGCGAUAUCUUCCUACUUGGCAGAGGAGGACAAUGCUUUCCACGGGCUCGAAAUUCCCUUCCGUAACUUCAACCUUGCUCUCCUAGACAACGUUUCCGCCGAAUACUCAUUUAUGACCGAGAUGUUCUCCACAUUGGGCUUUCAACAAAUAUCUCGCAAGGCUGUUGAGAUCUUCGAACCAGUCUUCACCCUUGGGCAGGCCCUGACCAAGCACCUGAUUGAACAGACUACGGAUGCGCUUGGAGUUCUGAUCUGCGUGCGGUUGAACCAGCAAGCCGCUUUUGAAUUGCAGCGGCGCAAGGUGCCAGUGGCCGACUCAUAUGUCAACGGUACCAACAUGCAAUUGUGGCCUCGGUUCCAGGUCAUCAUGGACACGCAGUGCGAGUCCCUGAAGCGGGUAGCAGCGAACACCGGCCGUAGUGCAGUUUCUGCGUUGUCUCUUGCCGGAGGAGACGACCUCAACAAGUCAUCCGCACCUCAUUUCCUCACUCAGCGGUUUGGACAGCUUCUGCACGGCAUUUUGGUGCUGAGCAGUGAGGCUGGGGAUGAUGAGCCGGUUUCCAAUAGUCUGGGUCGGUUGACCACAGAGUUUGACAACCUUCUGACGAAGCUCAGCCGGAUUGGCGGCGACGCCAAACGGAGGGAGAGGUUUCUUUACAAUAAUUACUCACUUGUUCUGGCUAUUAUUAGUGAUACCCAUGGCAAAUUAGCCACCGAACAGAAACAGGUAUGUGCUGCAUUGCCACUGGAAAGGAUCGAACUAACGCUACGUAGCAUUUGGAAGACAUGCUUAAGAACAGUUAUAGGCGCAGGGGUGGUCGGACUGGCAGUUGCACGCCAACUCGCCAUGAAGGAGGGCACAUCGACGAUCCUACUCGAGAGACAUGAAGCGCCGGGGACGGAGACGAGUAGUCGCAAUUCAGAGGUCAUCCAUGCAGGCCUCUACUACGGCAUCGACACCCUCAAAACCACCCUCUGCAUCAAAGGCAAAGAGCUCCUCUACGCACUCUGCGCCCAACACAACAUCCCGCACCGCAACACCAAGAAAUGGAUCGUCGCCCAAACCCCAGAACAAUGGGAAGCCUGUCUCCGCGUCCACGAACACGCCAAACGAAUCGGCGUGCCCACACGCAUCCUAGGGCAGGAAGAAGCGCGCCGGCGCGAACCCGAAGUGCGCGCCCUCGCAGGCAUCGUGGAGAGCCCGACAACCGGCAUCAUUGACAGUCAUUCCCUGAUGACCUAUCUACAAGGGGAUUUCGAAGACCGCGGAGGGGAUUGUGCGUUCAUGACGAAGGUGACGGGCAUUGAACCCGUUGCUGCUAGCGAAGGUGGCGGAUACCGGAUUAGCGCAGUAUCCGCGGACGGGAGCGAAACGACCAUCACGGCCGAGACGGUGAUAAACAGUGCAGGCAAUGGGGCAUGUGCGAUCAAUAACAUGGUGUUACCGGCUGAGCGGCAUCGCAAGGCGUAUUUUGCCAAGGGGACAUAUUUCUCUUACUCGGCUUCAACGCCGAAGACGUCGGUGCUGGUGUAUCCGGCUACGUUGCCGGGCACGGGUGGUCUGGGCACUCAUUUGACCCUUGAUAUGGGCGGCAGGAUCCGGUUUGGGCCGGAUGUCGAGUGGGUGGAGGACCCGAAUGAUUUGAAGCCGAGUCCGACGCGGCUGCAGCAGGCAUUACCGGAGAUUAGAGCGUAUUUGCCUAAUGUGGAUGUCGAGGCGAUUGAUCUAGACUAUUGUGGAAUCCGGCCUAAGUUGGGGAAGGGAGGGGCGGUCAAUACGGGCAAGGGGUUUCAUGAUUUUGUGAUUCAGGAGGAGGAAGGGUUUCCGGGGUUUGUAAAUUUGUUGGGAAUUGAGAGUCCGGGGCUGACGAGUUGUUUGGCGAUUGGGGAGAGGGUGAGGGAUAUCUUGUACUGA